AUGUUCCCGGCAAAACUAUCAAAAUCAAGAAACCCUCUAACCACUCUCCGCAAAGGAAUCGGUAACCUCUUCCGAGAAUAUUGCUCACACAGUUCAAUCCACGGCAUCAACUACAUCGGAUCCGCGCAACGAUCCCGCUGGGAACGCCUCUGGUGGGUCGCGAUGCUCAUCCUGUCGAUCUACGGUUGUACCCGACUCAUCCAGAACAUCUACUACCGCUGGGAUCACAAACCGGUCAUUGUGAGCUUCGACGAGAAGCCCACGUCCGUGCUGCAGAUUCCCUUCCCGGCGGUGACGAUCUGCCCGGAGACAAAGUUCCGCCCGGAAUGUUUGAAUUUUUCGGCACUGUCGGAGAAGUUUUUCGAAGGGAAUGAAACAGGAAAGGAUACCGUUAAUGAAGAAGAGAUUCAGACAUUGUUGAGUUUGAUUCAAAUCUGCGAUCGCCACUACUCUCACGAACCUUAUCAGUCCAUGCUGGCAAAGUAUAACUUACACGGUAACAUCGUGGAAACGCUACGGCAGUUAUCCCCAGGAAAGCCCAAGAAAGUCUUGUUUCAAUGCCGAAUGAGCAUGUACUCUUGUGUAGAUUGGUUUAAGGAAACGUUAACAGAUGAAGGAAUCUGUUAUACCUUGAAUCUUCUACCGCAGAAAGAGAUAUUCCGGCAGGAGAAUCUUCAUAACGAUUACCACUACUCUACAAGUUUGUACAAUACGUCAAGCUGGUCUUCAGAUGAUGGGUACGAUUCACGAGCAGGCCUUCUAACCUAUCCGAGACGAAUCCUAGGUUCAGGAUUCGAAUCAGGAAUUUACCUGCAGCUUCAGAUCCCAACAUCUUACGAGGAUUAUCACUGUCGUGAAGCGCAAGGUUUCAAGGUAUUGCUGCACUCCCCAGCAGAAUAUCCCGUAACUUCGAAGAAAUUUCUCCGUCUGACGUUCAGUCACGAAGUUACAAUCGUGAUUAAACCAGAGAUCAUGCUUACGUCGAAAUCAUUGCACAGCUACACACCUUCCCGGCGCCGUUGCUUCUUCAGCCACGAACGGAAGCUCCAGUUCUUUGCGAUCUACAACCAGGCCAACUGCGAGCUGGAAUGCCUCACAAACUACACUCGGAAGCUAUGCAGUUGCGUCCGGUUCUCGAUGCCUCACCAUGGAAGGACCAAAAUUUGCGAAAGUUAUCAACUAGAGUGUUGCAUCCAGGCUGAGAAUGAAGUUCAACUGCUGAUCGCGAACGAAGGUAUCGGAAAGGAAUCGCUGAGCGAAGAUCAGUGCCGUUGUCUACCCGCGUGCAACUCGAUCGAGUUCGACACCGAGAUCACCCAAACCAAGUACGAUUUUCUCAAGUCGUAUGAGCUUCGCUACAAAUCACGAAUCCCAGCGGAUGUGCUGAAGAACAUAACCAGCAUAAACUUUGCCAAGCUGGCGAUUUACUUCAAGCAGGCUCAGUACAUGGCUAUGAAGCGCAACGAACUGUUUGGCUGGACGGACUUUAUUGCCAACUGUGGCGGGGUUCUGGGUCUGUGCAUGGGAGUCAGCUUGCUCAGUCUCGUUGAGCUGCUGUACUACUGCCUGGUGCGCCCGGUUCUAAUGCUUCGCCAAGGUCGCGAGUCCCCGCCGGUAGUAGCUGAGCGGAUCAUGACCGUGCGAAGCUUGUACUAA